AUGAAAAUGGUUGCAAAGGAUAAUAAUGAUGGCCAUUUGUCAGUUAAGUUUGAUAAACCAAUCGUACCAACUGUUAAAGCGCCAAUAUCAAAUAAGGAAUUAAUCAAUCGACUUGCGAGCUUACAUGAUGAACUAUCAAAUAUAGAUGAUUCAAGUGUUGAUUUAUCCUCCUAUACUGCAAAUUUGGUUAAUAAAAAAUUAUUAAGCCAUUCAAGCAUUGGUGUUCAAGCAUACUUAUGUUGCUGUAUUUCUGACGUUUUGCGUAUAUUCGCUCCAAACGCACCAUAUUCAGCACAACAGUUAUCGGAUAUAUUCAAACUUUUCUUCAAACAGUUUGCGAGGUUGACAGACAAGAAAGACGAUCCAUUUUAUCAACAACACGUGUAUUUGUUAAAAAGAUUGGCCGAAGCAAAGUCAACAAUCUUGAUCACCGAUUUGCCUGAUCUGGAAGCUUUAAUCGUCAGUAUAUUCAAUACCUUUUAUACCCUAGCUCUGAAAGGGUUUCCUACUGAGUUAGAACUCAUAAUUACGGAUAUAUUAUCCGAAGUUUUAUCAGAAGCAGAAGUUGUUCCCCAUGAAGUACUACAAUUGAUAUUGCAGAAGAUUUCAAAUCACGAUCCGAGCAAAUUAUUACUGGGCAACAUUUCCAGCCCAGAGUUUAAUUUUUCAUUAGCAAUUUGUGAGUAUAAUAUGGAUAGAAUGUCUAGGUUAGUUGCACAAUAUUUUUCUGAAAUCUUGUAUGAAAGUACAAAUAAUAUCGAGGAAGAGACAGAUAUUGUUGAGGACGGGGAUCAUACCGCGUCCACAAAAUCAAAAGCCAACCAUGGUGUAUCCAAAGCAAUCGAAGUCUUGAAGAAAGUGCAUCACUUAUCUAUCCAGUUAUGGAAGUUCAUCCCCACCGUAUUGUCUUCUGUGAUGGCUCUUAUCGAUGACGAAUUGAAUGCAGAUGAUGAUAAAGUGAGAACAUUGGCAACAGUUACGAUUGGUCAAAUGUUGGCAUCCCCAAUCUAUCCAUCAGUUUCGAACAAGGUUAACUUUUUUAUCACCCAUAAACUGGUGUGGAACAAUUGGUUGAAGAAAACUGCAGAUGUUUCGGCAACUGUCAGAAGCAAAUGGGUUCAACAAUUACCUGGAAUAAUUUCAUCCAAUCCGUAUCUCACCACCGAAAUCAAUCAAAUAAUAUCUACUUGUUUGCACAAAUGUUUAAUUGAUACAGAUGAACGAGUCAGGGAAGCAGCUUGCUUGUGCAUAAAUGAUAUUACUUACCCAGUAUUUGUGAGCAAGCUUGCUACACCAGAAAUCAUGAAGACCUUAUUCCAAUUAAUCAGGGAGAAAAAUGUAGUCAUUAGACAGACUUCAGUUCAAAUAUUGGGUUCUAUUUAUUCAAAGAAUAUGAAAUCCGAAGACCGAGAAGAAAUCUCAGAAGAAUUACAAAAGUUAAUCGAAAGCAUCCCCAACCAGCUUCUAUCAUUGGUUUAUAUUAAUAAUAAGAAUAUUACAUUUUUGGUCGACUUGUGUGUUUUUGAGACAUUAUUGGAAGUGUCUGAAUCCAAUACUAGCAAACGAGUUGAAAGAUUGGUACGAUUUUACAAAGAAUUAGAUGAAAGGGGGAUAGAAGCAUUUGUUGCUAUUAAUAAAAGACAACAACAAUUGUCAAAGGUAUUACUUACAUUUAUUGAAACAGCAGAAUCUUUGAAUAAAGAAAAUGUCUCAGAUGAUAAAGAGAAUGACUCCUCCAGUGUUCCCAAGGAAGAUGUUUUGAAGUUGGAAAAAAUUAUUGAUUGGAUUUGCGUUUCUUUCCCAGAUGGUUUAAAUACAGUCUCGUGUUUGGAAAGAUUCUACAAGUUGAAUCGUAUCAGAUUUUUCCACUUAGUCAAGAUCUGCAUUUCACCUGACUCAGAUUUCAACACCAUCAGGAAUUCCAUGAAGGAAUUACUCAACAAACUAAAUGACGUCAAGAAUAUUCGUUUGCUGGAUGACAGAUCUAAUGUUACUGUUUCAGAAAUGUAUGAAAAUUUCAAGCUUUUAUUGUUGAGAGCAUCACCAUUAAUCUAUAAUCGCUCAAAUGUUGAGGAAUUGGUUAAUUACUCAAAGGAUAGCUCAAAUGAGUAUUAUUCUGCUGCUAACGCGUUGCUAGAACAAAUUUCAACAACCAUACCAGAUGUAUUUAAGUCACAUUUAAGAUCAUUAACAAAUUUAGUGGUCGAUGAACAUAAUCAAAUUACGAACAAGUCCAAUGCAUUGAAGACGAUUUAUCAUUUCGUAAAAAAGUAUCCAGAAUCAUUUCCAAAAGAAGUUUCCUUUAUGAAUUCCAUUAGAAAAUUGGCAACUAUUGGAACAUCUUCAGAAGCCAAAUAUGCGGUUAAAAUAAUUGGUUUGAGUGACAAGAAGGAAGUAUGCUGCUCUGGUAUUAUUGACUCCAUCUAUCCAUUUAAUAUUGAUGAUGAAAAAUUUGCCACCCAUUUGAGUGCAAUGGCAGAAAUAUUUGUUAUUGAUAAUUUAGCCAUUCUGGAAAAAGAAAAUGAGUUGACACCAUUAAUCAUUAAAAAGAUAUUGCUCACUAAUAGAGAUCUUGGUCGUGACAGUGAGAUCACAAAAGAGUGGAUAGGUGACGACGAUAUUGAGAAAUAUCCUUGCCUAAAUGAGAAACUAAUUUCAAUAAGAUUGUUGGUUAAUAGUUUAAGAAGUUUGGACACCGAGAAUAGUUCUGAUGAUGCCAAGGAAGAAGCAAAGCAGAAAGCAUUACCUGUAGUUAAGCUUUUGAUGUCGUUAAUAGGUAAUAAUGGGGAAAUUGUCAAUAAAAAGGACCCAAGCUGGCCCACACCAGAUGUAUAUAAACUGAAGUUUAGAUUAACUGCAGGAUUGUACAUGUUGAAAUUAGCCAAGAUUCCAAUCUAUAGUGAAACCAUGCUACUGGCAAGCGUCAGGAGGUUGACAUUUUUAAUCAAUAAUGAGGAUUAUCAUGUGAGAUCUGAAUUUAUUAAAAGCUUGCAAAAGAAAUUGUAUGACAAACUGAUUUCGGAGAAAUUUUUAGCCAUUACAUUUUUCAGUGGGUUAGAGCAAAAUCAAGAAUUGAAAAACGAUGUCACUAUGUGGAUUACUUCCAUGUUUAAACGCCUGGAAUCAAAGAGAGAUAUGAAAUUUGAAAAGGCUUUGGUUAGAUUGAUUCAUACUAUUGCACACCAUGAACAAUUUAUAGAGAUUAUUAAAGAUGGAAACGAUGAAAGCAAGCUUGCAGCGUUCAACUAUGCAUCGAGGAUUUUGAUAUUCUAUGUUCAAUUGAUUGCGACUCAGGAGAAUGUUUCAUUGUUAUAUUAUUUUGCCAGUAGAGUUAAGCAACACAGAGAUGCUACUAUUGCAACAUCUGACUACGAGGCUGAGGACCCGAGUGAAGAAAUUUUGAACUUAUACAGAGUUUCCGAAUUAGCUCAAUUGGUGAUUAAGAACUUUGCCGAUAGUAAGAAUUGGCCAAUGCAAACAUGGCCUGGAAAAAUUGGAUUACCACUGGAUAUUUAUGCUCCGAUGGCAUCGUCUAAGGAGGCACAAUGGGUAGUCACACAAAUAUUUAUUCCAGAAUCACAGCAAGUUGAAUUGGUGACUUUGAUUAAUAAGAGAUUGCGUACAGCUUCCAGUAUGAAAAAAGGUGUCGAACCUUCUGUUGCUGUGAAGGAUCGCCAGAAACGUAUAAGGUCGGUUAACCCACGACGUGCAACCAAAAAGAAAGCUAAGAUAGUUAAAGAAAAGGUCAGCGUAGAACCUACAAGAAGAAGUUCUCGAGCAACCAGUAAAGUGAGCUACAAGGAUCAACUUGAAUCGGACUCCGAAUCUGACUUUGAUAAAGAGGAUGAUAACAUGUCUGAUGAUAGUGAUCAAAGUGAUACCGGUAAACUUGACCUUUAA